ACGUGCGAAUUUUAAAUUUUCCCAAUUUCAACACGUUUUUAGAUCUAAAAGUUGCUUGCAGGUUAUAAAUUUGCACCAGUUAUAAGAUUUCAAGUGUGUAUUUUUAAUAAAUUUUGAGUUCAACUCAGUACAUACGUUAAUAUAAUCCAUUUGACUGACUUUUGUUGGAAAAUGACGUCAAACGGUGACGUCACUCAAUCUCCUGACGUCACGACUGCCCAACCAACAGUAAUGAAAGCGGAAGUGCCAAGGUAUGACUGGUAUCAAACUGACAGCCAAGUGGUCGUCAGUGUUCUCGUGAAGAAAACCAAGAAAGAAAACGUUAAUGUUGAAUAUAGUGAGAACCAUCUAGAUGUCACCAUUGAGCCAACCCCGGAACAACCAAAACAAUAUCAUCUAAGUUUAAACCUUUCGCAUCCUGUGGUCGCACACAAAUGCCAGACCAAGCAUUAUGCAACGAAAAUUGAAUGUAAAAUGACUAAGAGUGAACUUUUACGCUGGGCUGGAAUAGAAGGUGACACAGAUACUAUAAAGCCAGCAGUUAUAGCAGCGGCAAGUCCUACACCAGAUGUACCAGUGAAUAAAUAUCCAUCAUCUGCGCAUUAUACAAGAGAUUGGGACAAGCUUGUUUGUGACAUCAAAGAGGAAGAGAAAAAUGAGAAACCUGAAGGAGAAGCUGCAUUGAAUCAACUCUUUCAACAAAUAUAUAAAGAUGGGAAUGAUGAGACAAGGAAGGCAAUGAACAAGUCAUUUAUGGAGUCAGGUGGAACAGUACUUAGCACAAAUUGGAAUGAGAUCCAGCAAGGCCAGGUUGAAGUUAAACCACCAGAUGGGAUGGAGUUUAAAAAAUAUGAGCAAUAAUAUAUGUUGUUGUGUUUGCAGUUUGCGUAAAAUACAAGAUGAUUGAAAUACA